AUGGACAAUGACCGCCGGCCACGGCAUACUCCCUCAGGUUACGCAAGCCAGCAAGGCACGCUCCUUCCACCACAGGCCUCCUAUCCAGUGGUAAGCGCACCCGAUCGCUUCAGGCAGCCGCCUCUGACAGCGCCUGCCCCACCUACCUCCCUCCCCUCUUCCGGAUCUCGCGCCAGUCCUCAGGGUUACGGUUACGCUUACGGUGAAAGCGCACAGUUUGGCUCAUCAGUCCAGCCCUCCAACGUUUCAUAUAGUGCCCAAGACUAUGGCACCGACCAGCAGCAGCAGGCACAGCGUACUCCCCAACAAUACUCGCCCUACGGCCAGAACAUCAUGUACGGCGCGCAGGCUUCCGCCACGGGCUCGUCGCAGUAUGAGCCUGUGGAACAAUACCAGCAAAAUAGGGACUCGGCUAUACAGGUCCUCAGCACCGGCUUUGGCGUUGCACAACAGCAAUACUAUGAAGGCGGGCCCACGAGCGCACCUGCUGCUACCAUUGCCUCUCAGAGCGUCCCCUCACAAUAUCCCUCUCUCGCAUAUACAGCAUCCCAAACACAGGUCGGACGAGAAGCCCUUGCUCCCGCCUACUCUGCUGCCGGCAUGACGGACCCCAACCAAGCAACCUCGCAACCGGGCUAUCCGCAGGCCAGUUAUAGCGAGUCGCAAUCUGGCAGUGGCAACGACUACGACGACUUUUACAGGACUUACCAGAGUGAGCUCAAGAAGACAUUUGAGCAUGUGCGUGACAGCCGGCUCAGUGAGGCCGGCACCAUGCUGUUUAGAAUGUCGGACUGGCUCUUGCACUUUGCAGAGACUUUGGCAGGCCUUGUGCGCGACGAUGAAACCUACUACCAACAGCGCUUGCAGCUAUGGGAAGAGUUCAACACGUGCUGGCUCUCGACCCUCCAGAAGCAAAAGGCCAUGACUCAGGAAAUGAUCAACACAGGCCAGCGCCCGCAGGCCCCAAAGUCGCUUAUUGACUAUGACUUUCUGGAGAAGAUGGGCACGCAGCUCGUCAAGAACUGUGAUAGUAUGGAAAAGCACGGUCUGGUCGACUACCAGAUGGGUGUAUGGGAGGAGGAGAUUGUAGCAAUGUUGACAUCUUGCAUGGACCUCCUUGAGGAAGUCGGCGCAGGCCCUUCAGCACAACGACCCACAUCUACAGCACGCCGGCGAUGA